AUGGGACCAACUGUAGGAAAUAGAGCAGUCGUUCAAGGUACAGCCGAGUUACCAUGUGAUAUUCGUCCUCCACGGGAAAAUGAUUCCGCAAUUUUGGUUGUAUGGUACAAAAGCGACAUCACGCCGAUUUACAGUUACGACAUGAGAGGCAAACAUUCCGAAGAGGCUUCUCACUGGAACGAUAAAGACCAUUUGAAUGACCGUGCAUUCUUUAGGACAGUCACAGAACCGGCUACCUUAAAUAUAAAUCACAUAGAAGAAAGAGACGAAGGUGAAUACAGAUGUCGAGUGGAUUUUGCUAAGAGCCCGACGAGAAAUUCAAGAAUUCAUCUCACAGUGAUCGUACCACCGCAUAAGCCAAACAUUAUUGAUGAACACGGCAAAACUGUGCCAACAGUGGCAGGUCCAUACGAAGAAGGUGGUGACAUGAAAUUGCAGUGCCUUGUCACUGGAGGUCGACCUGAGCCGAAAGUGAGAUGGUGGCGUGGAGAAAUGCUACUUGAUUCCAAAGAUGAGCCAGGUGAAUUCCCUGCACUUCGUAGGAACACUUUGAUAGUGAAGCAACUCUCAAGAGCUGAUCUUCAUGCAGUAUUUACUUGUCAAGCAGCCAACAACAAUAUCAGCCAGCCUGUCUCGGCCUCUGUGGCUAUCGAAAUGCAUUUGAAACCAUUAAGUGUGACGAUAUUAAGCAGCGACCAUGCACCGCUUAGCGCGGAUCGAAAGUAUGAAAUAAACUGCAUGACCGUUGGUUCAAGACCACCUGCGAAAUUAACCUGGUACAUGGAUGGAAGAAAGUUAACCAACCACACAGAAAAGGUUUCGGAGGACGGUAAUAUGACAAGUUCAACGCUAGUUCUGAAACCAACUUUACACGAUCACGACAAAAUUAUUACGUGUCGAGCAGAAAACACCAGAGUUCAACGCGGUCUACUUGAAAACACGUGGAAAUUAAAUGUGUUCUUUGUUCCAAUUUUACACCUGGAAUUGGGCUCGAACAUGAACCCAGACGACAUCGAGGAAGGGGACGAUGUAUAUUUCGAAUGUAAAGUGACUGCUAAUCCCGACGCUUAUAAAGUAGUAUGGAAACAUAAUGGAAAUGUGAUACAGAAUAAUGCGAAGAACGGCGUAAUAGUUCAACAGUACGGUUUGGCUUUGAGGGAGGUCAAUCGUUCCCAAGCCGGAAAUUAUACUUGUAUCGCCAGCAAUGUCGAAGGAGACGGUUACAGUAACAAUGUCGAACUUAAAAUUAUGUACAAACCUAUUUGUGUACCAGACCAAAAACGUAUUUACGGAGUGGCUCGUCUAGAAGACGCCAGAAUAAUUUGCCGUGUUGAAGCUUACCCACCACCGGACAGUUUCCGUUGGACUUUUAAUAGUACCGAAGAAAUGGUGGACGUACCACCGGCGCGAUACAAGAACUCCACGCGUCACACUCAAAGCGUGCUCACGUACAGACCGGUGAACGAAAUGGACUAUGGCACAGUAUUUUGCUGGGCCAGUAACACCGCCGGUCAACAGAAAAACCCCUGCGUGUUCCAUAUUAUCCCGGCAGGGAAACCCGAACCUCCGUAUAACUGUACGCUGUCGAACCAAACAACCAAAUCACUCUCGGUUGAGUGUUUCGCUGGUUUUGACGGCGGUCAGUCUCAACAUUUUCUUCUCGAGGUCUUCGAUCAAGCAACAGGAAACCUCCAAGCGAACAUCACGUCUAAAGAGAAUGCAGCUUUCACUGUGCAAGACUUAGAGCCCGGAAAAAAUCUCAAUAUGGUCUUGUACGCUAUAAAUGCGAAAGGAAGAAGCGAUCCCGCGCGUUUAGAAGGAUACACAUUGAAAAUUGCGGAGAAGCAAACUGGUACCCCGGUACCAUUCGAGAUCACCCCGUUAUUAGGGGGUUUGAUCGGAGUGGUUACCGCGUUGCUUUUGAUUACCAUCACAAUUCUAGCAGCUAUGAAAAUCAGAAGCGAAAGAAGGACACAUAGGCCGAACGACUUACCGUUAAAAAAGGGAACGGCGCCUAGUUCCGAGGAUCUUUACGAUACUGACGACAGAAAUCCAGAUGUUGUGCCAGUAAAUAAAGGUUCGGAUUAUCAAUUAACGGGAUCUGGAUUACCACCGUAUUCACACGAAUAUAAUAAUUAUCCAACAUUACCAUUAUCGGGCGAAAUAACGUACGCAGAAUUAUGUCUGGCACGGCCAACAACUUUAUCGACGUUAGCGACCGACACGAAACUGACGAGCAUAAGUGGAGGUGGUAGUUUAAGUACCAUACAGGGUUACGGAAGCGGAGUGAUCGUGGGUGGUAAACCGUACACGAAAGAGGCAACGAUCUAUGCCUGCAUAGACCACAACGCCAGACCGACGAAAAUCGACGUUUCGAACGCGUCGUCGUGUGCACCGACACCGCUGUCAGCGAAGAGCACGUUUCAGGACUUAAACGUGUCGACGAUGACCGCCAAGCAUCAUCCCUCGAUAGAAAUCGUCACUGUUCGCACACCGUUGAUCUCGACCCAAGAAAGUUGUGUAUAG